AUGCGUGGACGGAGCCCCGCUUUUGAAGAGAUUGCCAUCUUGGCUGAGCAGAGAAUUCUGAUGAUCGAUGGCGCUAUGGGAACAAUGAUCCAGCGUGAACAUCUCGAGGAGCACGACUUCAGAGGAGAGAUAUUAAAAGACCACGAGAAACCGCUUAAGGGCAAUAAUGACUUGCUUUCAAUUACACGACCAGACAUCAUCUAUAAGAUCCACAAGUUGUACCUGGAAGCAGGAGCAGAUUUUAUCGAAACGAAUACGUUUUCCGGUACCACAAUUGCUCAGGCAGACUAUUCAACGGAACAUCUGGUCCACGACAUCAAUUACCGGUCGGCACUCGUCGCUAGAAAAGCUUGUGAUGAUGUGUCAGAAAGUACUGGACGGCGAUGUUUCGUUUGCGGUUCGAUUGGGCCUACCAACAAGACGCUAUCGAUAUCUCCAUCUGUUGAGAAACCUGAAAUGCGAAACAUCACAUUCCAAGAGCUCGUCAAGGCGUACGGAGAUCAAGCUCGUUCCUUACUACAAGGAGGUGUUGAUGUGUUGUUAGUGGAAACCGUUUUCGAUACGGCUAACGCCAAAGCUGCUUUGUUUGCCAUUCGUGGUUUGUUUGAGGAUGAAGAGAUUAUGGAGGUUCCUGUUUUUCUAUCCGGCACCAUCGUUGAUCUGUCUGGACGAACACUAUCCGGUCAGACAGGAGAAGCGUUUUUAAUUUCAACCAGACAGGGUCGCCCUUCCGCAGUUGGUUUGAACUGUGCACUUGGAGCGAAAGACAUGCGUCCUUUUAUCCAGGCUAUGUCUGACUUCUCGGAUGCGCUAAUUAUUUGUUAUCCCAACGCUGGUCUUCCAAAUGCACUUGGUGGAUAUGACGAAACAGCUGAGGAUAUGGCAAUGGACCUAAAGCAGUUUGCUGAAGAUGGAUUGGUUAACAUUGUUGGAGGAUGCUGUGGUACCACUCCAGACCAUAUUGCAGCAAUGGCAAAGGUGUUGAAGGGAAUUCCUCCACGCAAGCCACCACCCGAUCCACAUGCGGGGGAUAUGAUGUUGUCUGGCCUCGAACCGAUGAUUGUUGGACCAUUUACGAAUUUCGUGAAUAUUGGUGAAAGGUGUAACGUCGCUGGUUCUCGUCGGUUCUGCAAUCUCAUCAAGAAAGAGAACUAUGAGGCUGCUAUUGAAGUCGCACGGCAUCAAGUAGAGAGCGGUGCCCAAGUGAUUGAUGUGAACGUGGAUGACGGUCUUCUUGAUGGGGUAUUUGCGAUGAGUAAAUUCCUGCGACUUGUUUCCACAGAGCCUGAUGUUGCUAAGGUAAUUCAUUUCUCGGUGAUCAUUUCGGGUUUGGAGUCGAUUCAAGGGAAAUGCAUCGUUAACUCGAUUUCACUGAAGGAAGGAGAGAAGGCUUUCAUCGAGCGGGCACGAUUGAUUCGUCGAUAUGGGGCGGCAGUUGUAGUGAUGGCAUUCGAUGAAGAAGGCCAAGCUGCUGAGACUCAACGGAAAUACGAGAUUUGCGAACGGAGUUACAGGAUUUUAACGGAGGAAGUCGGUUUCGAUCCAUGUGACAUCAUCUUCGAUCCUAACAUUCUUACAAUCGCUACCGGAAUGGAGGAGCACGCAAACUAUGGAAUGUAUUUCAUUGACGCCACGAGAUUGAUUCGAGAGAACUUGCCGGGUUGUCAUGUUUCGGGUGGAGUGUCGAACAUAUCGUUAGGUAAAACUUUAUCCUGUCAAGAGUAUGAUGGUUCAUAUUUUUAUUUGAUUUUAUUACAAUUUUCACAUGUCGUUCGAGAAGCUAUGCAUUCUGUAUUUCUAUACUAUGCAAUAAAAGCUGGAAUGGACAUGGGAAUAGUUAACGCUGGCGCACUACCGGUUUAUGAGGAUAUCCCUAAGGAUCUUUUGACACUCAUCGAAGAUCUCUUGUUUAAUCGCGAUCCAGAUGCGACGGAGAAGAUGUUAAUGUUAGCACAAGACAUGAAGAAAGGGGACAAGAAGCUCGAAAAAGCUGAAGAGUGGCGUCAUCUCUCUGUUGAAGAGCGACUGAAGUAUGCUCUAGUCAAGGGAAUUGAUACGUUCGUUGUGGAAGAUACCGAAGAGGCCCGUCUAAUGACAGAAAAGUAUCCACGUCCACUAAAUGUCAUAGAGAGACCGUUGAUGGAUGGUAUGGCGGUAGUUGGCGAAUUAUUUGGCUCUGGUAAAAUGUUCUUGCCUCAGGUCAGUAUCUCUGAGUUUUCACUGUUUCGUCUCAGCAAACUUGUUUUACUAAUUAAAAGUCAAUGUGUAGAGCUUUUGAAAGGCUGA